UGGCCUGGAGGGUGCCCCCGGUCCUUCGAAUGGCGGUGCGAAGGCUGAGUCUCCCACGCCAGAUCCCCGGCAGGUAACUGGGAGCGGCGGCGAGGAAGGCGUGUGUGCGGCCGACUGAGAGGCUGGUGCAGGAGUCUAAGGUUGGGGAGGCGGCAGUCCCCAGGAAGCGAGGAGAGAGGGACGCCGUGUGCCGCCGCCCCUCCGCAGCGCUUUUCAGGCGCGGGUGCCGGGUCCGCAGCUCGUCUUUCGGUCCCUGAGGCCCCUUUAGCUACCAGGCCGGGCUUGCCUCGCCCGGCGAGGAAAAGAAGACUCUCUUUGGGACGGCGGUGACGCUGCAAGAGCCUUCCUGCAAGGACAGGCACCCUAACGGAUUUCUGACAAUGGAGGGGACCGGAGACCGGACAAUACGCGAGAUGCACCUGUUUAUGGAGUGCAUGGAUUCAUUUAGCAAGCGUUUGUUGGCCGGGAGCUGUUUCAGCCGUUAGGGAGACAAGAGGGAACAAGGAAGAUGGAAUCACUUGUCCCCGUGGAGCUCUCGCUUUAACCAGGGAGACAGAUAAACACAAAAUUAUCAGAUAGGGAUAACUUAUACAAAGGAAGUCGAAGAGAACAAUAGGAUCGAGUUUGACUAGGACCUGCUGGUUAGAGAGGUAGUCAGGAAAGGUCUCUGAGGAAGUGACAUUGGAGCAGCGAUCUGAAUGAGGAGGAGCCAACCUUGGGUCGAUCUGGGAGGAGGUGGGGGCGUGGGGAAGAAUUUUGCAGGCAGGUAGAAUCAACAGUGCAAAGCCUCUGAUGCUGGAUUAACCUUUGCUGUGUAACAGAAACUGCAAGAAAGAAGAUCAGCGUAGUCAAGCAGAAGACACAGAGAGAGAGGCAGAGACACAGGCAAAGGGAGAAGUAGUCUCCACGCAGGGAGCCCGACGUGGGACUCGACGUGGGACUCAAUCCCGGGACCCCGGGAUCACACCCCAAGUCAAAGAUUUUAUUUAUUUGAGAGAGCACAAGUUGGGGGAGGGGCAGAGGGAAAAGCAGACUCCCUGCUGAGCAGGGACCUUGACAAGGGGCUCCAUUCCAGGACCCCAAGAUCAUGACCUGAGCCGAAGGCAGCCACUUAACCAACUGAGCCACCCAGGUGCCCCUAAACUUUAGCAAUUCUUAUUCCUGAAGCAUCGAUUUUGUGUGAAGGUGUUACUGAAGAAACAUCUUACAGAUUUGUCGCAUUUCUGAGAUUAAUAUUUACAGUUUGGAGUUGUCACCUUUCUCAUGAGAUAUGUUUUGGCAGUCCCAAUGGUCCCAAUGAAAGCUUUCUUUGACAUUUUAGAACAAUUAUACAAGAAGGUACUUCUGGGAGCCACACUUGAAAAUGAGAGCCAUGAUUACAUCUUUUAUCUCAACCCAGCAUCUUUAGAUCUAGAUUGCUCUACAACUACCUCUUCAGAAUGCUCAAACCACCAUGAUGUCCAGGGCAGGCAUCAGCCAUCCUCUGCCAAUUUGGCUUCCAUUUCUGUAGUGCCUGUGCAUUUGAAGAAACACUCGCCAAUAUGCAGUGCCCGAGAAAUAACGCUCCUUCAGUUAACAGUAAUCAAAGUGAUGAUAACCAGAAUAUUGUCUGCCGAAACUGACUCCCAUGCAAAGGAGAAAUACAGAGAUGUAAUUAAAAUUCUUCUAAAAUCAUCUGACAUCGAUUCUAAAUUAACCUGUAUGUUCCAAAACUCGGAUAAAUUGUUAUGUCACAUGGCUGCAAAGUGCCUUGCGCUACUUCUGUAUUUCCAACUGAGGGAAGAGAUAACAUUGAGUAAUUCCUGGGUUGCUUUUUGCCAAAAAAAUCUCUCUGAAUACCCUGAAAAUGAGAAGGUGGUAUAUUGCCUCUGGACCCUUACUGUUAUAAUAAAAGAAAUCUUUAAAGAUACAUGUUCACAAAAAACAGAAAUUUUAAAGCAGUUCCUGACUCCUUUUGAUACUAUUUUUGAAGUUUUUUACAAUUCCUUAUUUUCUCUGCAUUUCAAGAGCUUUCAAGACACCUCUAAAAUAAUAAACAGCAUGAUAUGUUCCCUGGAAUUGCUUGAACUUCUUAUAGCUUCCAGAAUCCAUCUGAAACUACAUUUCACUUGCCAGAGGAUUUUAUUUUUGAAACCUUCUUGUGUGCUAGAUGUCAUUACCUGGCCUGUUGAGGCUUUUGUCAAAAGGAAGUUCAUCAUAUUCAUCAAAAAGUGCCUUCUCUGGAAAGUGGGUGAAGACCUUUGUUGGGGAUCUGGCCCUGCCCUGAUGCCACCAGACCAGCAUUUAGAUGUAGACAUGUUGGCUUUAGCGGAUGCUGUUUUGCAAGCUGUGGAUUUGGGUUUAUUGAAGACGUUGUCUGUCCGUGGAAAACCUCCCUGCUUUGGUGGAGAUGAAGUUCAACCUGCAUGUGAGUGUGUCCAUGGUCCAGAUCACGUGAUUCUCAGAGCAGCAAGCCUACUUAUCAUUAAAUCCUUAGAAAUCAAGUUUCAAAGUUGUGCUUCAGCAAAUGAAAUAAAAGUUGAUUUACAGAGUUUCAUGUCUGAGUUAUUGACAUUCUUAAAGCCUCAUCUUCAGCCCUCUCUUCAGUCACACAAUCCAUGUGAGUGGAUCUCCAGGGUCUUCAUAGAACAAGAUGAUGACAUGCUGGAGGCCGCCAAAGCAUCACUGGGCAUCUACCUAAAGUUGACCAGACAGUGUAAAGCCACUGAAGGCUUGACCCAAGAAAAAGAAAUGUGGAACCAUCACACACAUAAAUAUGGCUAUAAUCCACACUGUAUUUUCUUAUUCUUAUUGAAAAAUAUAGGAUUUGAUUCUUCAGUUCUUCUUGACUUUUUGAUUUCAUCGGAAACCUGUUUCCUCGAAUAUUUUGUUAGAUAUUUAAAAUUACUGCAAAAAGAUGGGGCUAGUUUUUUCACAAUUUGCAAAUAUUUUGAUGUAACCGAACUUAAAGAUAGCAUAAAUAUUUGUGGUUGUAGCUCCUCACUUGUCCAAGACCGAAGCAGCAACCAAACUGAACUUAGCCUUUGGGCUGCUCUUGGUAGUCACAGAUAUGCCCACGCUUCGGUCCCCUGGGCUUCCGAUGCUUCUGGACCUCUGAACCAGCCUGUGAUGUCCAAGGAGCCGCACGUCACGCUCCAGGCUGCUGCUGGUCUGUCUCCCCCACAAGCUUCUCAAAGUCUGGUAGAUUAUGACAGCUCUGAUGAUUCUGAAGUAGAAGUCACAGACCAGCACUCAACAAACAGUAAACAAACAUCUUUACAGCAAGAAGCAAAGAAGAAAUUUCAGGACACAGUUAGAACAGGUACAGAUGAAAAAGAACUUAGCAUGGAGCCUCAAUCAAGGCCUCUGGUUCCAGAACAAUCUAAUAUUAAUAUUCCCUUCUCUGUUGACUGUGACAUCUCCAAAGUAGGAAUAUCUUACAGGACACUGAAGUGCUUUCAGGAGCUACAGGGUGCCAUUUACCGUUUGCAGAAAAAAAAUCUUUUCCCCUAUAAUGCCACAGCACUUUUGAAGUUGUUAAAACAUACUGAGUCAAUAUAUAAUGAGAGCAUGAACUCUUUGUAAAACAGUAGCAUUUUGUUACCAGGAACUGUUUUUUCCUGCUAUAAAUUGUGCUUUAAUGAAAUAAUAGUUAGUAAAUAAAUAAAUAAAUUAAUUAAUUAAUUAAUUAAUGCACUCUCUAAAUCAAGUGUAUCUUUUUGCCUUUUCAAAGUAACCUAGUGACUGAAUAAGACACCUCAUCUGAUACAGUUGUACAUCAUUUGAAAUUUACAGACAUUCAAACUUAAUGCAGAUUUGGGAUAUUAUAUGAGUCCACUCGAGCUGCUGUAACAAAUCACCAAAAUUUGGCAGCUUAAAACAACAGAAAUCUAUUCUCUCGUAGUUCUGGAGGCUGAAAGUCUAUAAUUAAGGUGCCAGCCAGGCCAUGCUUUCUCUCAAGGCUCUAGGGAAGAAUCCUUUCCCACCCAUUCCUGUCCUUUGGCAAUUGUUGGCCAUCCUUAGUGUCCUGUAGCUUGGAGCUAUGCCAGGACAGUCUCUUCCUCUGUUGUCACAUGAGGUUUUCCUGGUGUAUCUGUGUCUGGUUUCCCUCCUGGCGACACCAGCCGUUGGAUUAAGGUCCACUCUUAUCCACUGUGUCCUCAUCCUAAUUUGAUUAUAUCAGCCUAGACCCUACUUCCAAAUAAAGUCACAUUCACAAGUUUUGGGUAGAUGUGAAUUUGGGAAGGGACACUAUUUAAUCCAGUAUGCUUAUUAUUUCCCUCUGAGGUAUUUACAUGUGAUGGGAUAUGUAAAAAACGUAAAAUCUUAGGGUUUUUUUUGAGAGGUGAUUAGCUCUCUGUAUACAUGUAGGUGUAUGAUCUAUUCUGUGAACAUGAGUCUAUUUUUUUUUUAAAGAUUUUAUUUAUUUGAGAGCACAACCAGGGAGAGUGGCAGAGGGAGAGGGAGAAGCAAACUCCUUGCUGAGCAGGGAGCCCAAUGCAGGGCUCCAUCCCAGGACCGUGGGAUCAUGACCUGAGCCAAAGGCAGACACUUGACCAACCCACCCAGGUACCCUCAUGCGUCUGUUCUUUAAAACAAAAUUUUAAUCACCAGGUAAUUUUCCUAUUUAAAAUUGUUGUAAUGGCACCUGGGUGGCUCGGUCAGUUAAGCAUCUAACUCUUGAUCUGAGCUCAGGUCUUGAUCUCAGGGUUGUGAGUUCAAGCUCUGCAUAAGUAGGCUCCAUGCCUAAUAUAUAAUAAUUCUAUUCUGUCUUUUUGAGGGGAGGCAGUAAGGCUGUGGUCAUAAGAACAAGUCAGUACUGGGAUGUCUGCGUGGUUCAGUGGUCGAGCCUCUGCCUUAAGCUCAGGGAAUGAUCCCUAGAUCCUGGGAUCAAGUCCCACAUCAGGCUCCCUGCAGGGAG